UGUCUUUGAAACCGAAGUGUUGUUUACAAUCUAAGUUUUCGUUUAGCGUGGUCUAUUUAUCGCCUAUCAUCGUUUACGAGAUCUAAUAGAUGUAAUAAAUAUAUAAUAUAUAUUUAUAUAAUAUAUAUAUGUAUGUAUGUAUGUAUGUAUGCAUACAUUUAUUUCUUUUCAAGUUUCUAUGUUGUCAAACACAAAUUAAAUUAGACUUGUGUCCUAAUUAUUUUCAAUAAAUCUGAGAUUUUCAAAAUGUCUUCUUCAUGGCUUGGUGAUUUGGAUUUAUUUCCUUCAACAAAGAAUUCAUUCAAUAUGAAAAAGGCUGAAGCUGGGACUGCUAUUUCAACAAAAUCUAACCAACAACAAAAUUCAAGCACAGCUAAGGAUCCAAAAGACCAGCUGAAUGAAGCCUUAAGAAACCAAGUAAUCGAACUAGUGAGAAAGAAUUCUGCAUUGCAAUCGACGAACGAAAUGCUGACGAAACAGUUAAAAGUUAUUUCAAUGAGCAGGUCAGAUUUUGAGGUAACAUCGGCAGAGGAUCUCCUACUUCAAAUAGUUUUUUUCAACACAUCUGAAUCCAGAAAACUGAGACCAUUGUUGGAGGAGUUUAUAGUCGAGAAACUUCGGAAGUGGAAUUCAAAGGAGAUACAGUUUCAUCCACUCGGCAACAUGCCAAACUUCAAAGAGCUUCAUUUCAGUGAUGAAAGUGACAAAGCAACAAAAGGUUUAACUGUUGUUGGCAGUUGCCGAUACAUGAAGGAGUACGUGUUGGAUCGAAUGGGGUGGCCUCUCACUGACAACAAUCCCUCGUUGUCACAAGGAUGGGAUAUUCCCAAGUUCACACAGAUCUUUGAUGCUGUCCACGGUUGCGUGCCUGCUGAAGAAACCAUCUCUCUUAAAAGGCCAAGGACUUGCUUCAAUUGUGGAGGUGAUCACUGCAUAACAGAAUGCAAGCAGGAGAUGGACAAGCAGAGGAUCAUAGCCAACAAAAACAAUUACCUCAACAAUAAAUAUCAGAGGUACCAUAAAGAUGAGUUAUCCACGAAGUUUGUAAAUUUCAAGCCAGGAGUUAUCAGUGAUAAUCUGAGGACUGCAUUGGGAUUGGGACCAAGUGACCUCCCGCCAUACAUCUACAGGAUGAGGAACAUUGGCUAUCCACCGGGAUACUUACAGCAGGCAUACAUCAAUGAGCCUCAGAUGACCAUGUUUGGUCCUCAAGGAAGAGAAAUUGCAGAGGAUGGCGAAUUGUUGGAGGAAGGUGAAAUUGAUGCAAAUCGUGCUGAACGAGGCAGCUAUGACGCCAGUCUGCUCAUUGACUAUCCUGGUUUCAAUGUGCAAGUUCCUGACGAUGUUGUGGAUGCCCACAGAAGGCUGAACAUGCUCCCCAUGCAACCACACCAUUCGAAAGAAUUUAUGCUGGAACAUCUCAAAAUGCACAAUCCCCAUGAAUUGUUCGGUGGGAAGGUGGUAAAAAGAAAGCGAGAUGAGGCAGGUGCUGACGUGGAUGGAGCUGGAGGCGGUCGUGCCAGGAAGCACAUGAAGAUGUCCGACGAUGAUGGGAUUGUUGCCAGGUCCGCUGACAUGGAGAUUGACGAUGAUGCAAGUGACAGGAACGACAGUCAUCAAAAUGAUAAUCAACAUCGUCCCGGCCAUCAUUACAAUCAUUAUGGUCGUCAUCUUCACAGCAGUCAUCACCAGCGCACUCCUAGUGACUCAUACUUCAACAUACCUUCUUACAACUCCAUGAUCGUCGACCUCACUUCUCCGCCCCCGCCCCCGCCACCCCAACCAGAGCACCCUACCUACUCAACCUCACCACCUCCUCCUCCUCCCCUUCUUGAUGAUAAUGAUAGUAACGAUUGUAUAGUGAUACUCGACGAUAUUGAUGAUGAUACUGGAUGUGAUGGCGCAAAUGCUGGCCCAUCAUAUGAGAAAGAAAGUGAAGGUGGGAAUGGCGAAACUGGCGGAUGGGAUGUAGAGACUUCAACGCACGCCACGAAUGCUCCAAAGUUUUACAGAUCCAUCAGCAGUUACGCGAGCACACCUGUGUUUGAUCCGUCAACAUCAUCAUCAUCAUCGCAACUCCUGACGUCAUCAUCCACGUCACCAGUCCGCCAAUCAACAUCAACAUCGCCGCCAGCCUCGCCUUCGAAUCGAAUGUUCUACAACAAGUGUCCUUCCCUGGAGAAAUUUUCAAAAGGAAUGUAUGACGUUGAUUGGAGCGCUGAUUCACUCGUCUCCACAGGCAAGUACGACAGGAUGAAAACUCUUCUUGAAAGUUUAAGGAAGGAAAGGAAAAUGUCAUAACCAUCUGAUGCUCCAGUUCUUCACUUUUUCGACCAUGGCAGCAUUAUAUCAUUUUUUCUACUUGUAAUCGAGUAAAAUAUUGUAUCAUAGUUUAUCCUUUUUUAAUCUUUUUGAUGAAUGAAAAUUUUCGAACAAAAUAUUUGCAUGUAUAUUUGUUUUCAGCAUGUUAAUAGAUUAUUUUAUAUAUUUGUCUUCUGAGAAGUUAUUGCAGUUGGUAAAGUUUCUCAAAAGUUGAAGGCCCUAAAUGACGCUCGACCGAUGACGACAUUCGAUUCGCAGCUGUUUUAUUUUUUAUUCGUAAUGUUUUAUUUUGCAUGUGUGUGUGCGCGCGCGCGCGCGCGUGUGUUAUUCAAAUGGUUAAAACUAUUAUUAUUUGAUAUUCAUUAUAUAUAAAGCUGUGAGCAAAAUAUUAGAAUCGGAUAAAAAUUCCUUCGACUCCUUGAUCGUAAAUUUUCCGACGCAAAAAUUGUUUCAUGCCUCGCUUUAUAAUCAUAAACAAUGCGCAGCCUUACAGCAAAAUAAAAGG